AUGGGAGAAGAAGCCAAACAAACCCAGAUCCCAUAUGACUACAUCAUAGCUCGAAUAGCAGGGCUGCUUGGUCUCAAAAAGACUAUUGACAAGAUGAAAAAGUCAUUUGAAAAUGAGGACAAUGUCAGAAACCUUCAGCUCUUUACCAACCCUCAUGAUGACUUAGGAUACUUAGUCUUUGUCCAAGGUAGCGGUGACAACAUAAAUAUCACUUCAACCCUUCCCUCACCAGCCUCAAUUAAAUAUUGCGCUUCAGCCCGGCUUGGCCUCUCUUGACAAUCCUGCUUUGAGCACAUAUUUGAUUAUAUCAGGCAAGGUUUUACAGCACAAAUUUGGAUAGCUAUGCUAGGCAAGUAAUUCUGGCAGAGUUGAGAGCCUAAACCUAGUCGUUUUCGAAGCUGGUAUUUACUUCGCUGUACGAUAAAGGCGAAAAGUUGCCCAGCCAGGUCUAGCGCUCUAUAGGCCAAUCAGACAGCUUCCACAAUACAAGGAGUUGCCUCCUAGGCUUCAAGCUUCCAUUUGGCAUAAGUUGGCCAGAAAAAUUUUUUUUUUUCGAAUUUUAGGGAGGCAACGUGUCGGGCACAUGGCAUGGUGACCCAGUCUACUACAUUUUGGGCAACGAUCAAGCCAGAUUCAAAGGAAUCUGGCAACUCAACUAAUGCGUUGUCUGUCAGGAUUUCCCAGAGGCCGAAAAGAUGAGUGAAUAGAAGCAAAGGAAAAAAUCUCGCUGCUUACGUAGCAAUGCCAGUAGCUACUCAAUAAUAACCUAAUCCUAUCCAGCCUCUGUCCGCAAAAAAGUUAUCCUCAUGUACAAGACAGUCCGAGGUGUCCCAUUAGAUCCGCGGCUUUUGAAAGAGCAGCUAGGAUUCAUGGAGCUCUCGAAAAACGUCCUUGAAAACAUGAGCCUCAUGUGCCAAGAAGUAUAUUUACCAGUCCUUGCAAAUCCUCAGAACCAGCAUGGAUGGUCUGAUUUAGUUUCCAAAGACCUCAUUGAAAACAAGUUCCAUAACUUUUUAUCCACAAUCUACGUGACUAUUGGUGAAGUUAAAGGCAGAACCAUGCUUCCAAUUCCUCCACAGGAAACUACUACCUCAGAUAGAAUUUCAAGCAAAGACAAAGCGCAUGUUCUUGAAGGUGCCGUCAUUACCUGGACAAAACAAAUCAAAAAUGUCUUGAAACAAGACCCAGAAACAGCCUUAAAGCAAGGCCAAGACCCAAAUCCAUUAGUAGAAAUCGAAUUCUGGAAAAAUAAAGCAGAAAACUUAAACUCAAUCCACCAGCAGCUGCAAUCAGAAAAAAUUAGCAAAGUCCUCAAGUUUUUAGAACAAAAUAAAAGCACUUAUACCAAUCAAUUUUCCAAAUUGAAAAAAGAAGUGAAGGCAGCUAAACAAGAAGCCAAUGACAACUCGAAAUACCUGAAAACACUCGGUGGGCUGUUUUAUGACCUCACUGACGACUCCAAAGAAUUUUCAGAGCUUGAAGCAUUAUUUGUUCCCAUAAUGCACACCAUCCUUCUAAUCUGGAACCACUCUGAAUACUAUAACACCCCAGCAAGGCUCGUCGUGCUCAUUCGAGAAAUUUGUAAUGCAAUCGUUGCUCAAGCCUGCAGAUUUAUGAGCGGAAAAGACAUUUUCCAAAUGAUCGCCAACGAAGAAGCAGGGAUUGCCUGUGAAAGACUUAGCUUGAUCCUUGACAUUAUUGCUAAAUUCAAAGAAGCUUUCUUCGAAUACAAAGCCAAAGCAAAUGACUCCUGGAAUAUCACCACCAACGCAUUGUUCGUCCGUCUUGAUGCAUUUUCAGAAAGAUGCCAAGAUAUCCAGCAUUUGACUAAUACAAUUGUGCAGUUUUCCAAGCUAAAUAAAAUUGAAAUUGGAGGAACCAAAGGUAAAACCUUGACAACCUCAGUCAAACAGAUUUAUUCAGAGUUUACACAAGCUGUUGAAGAAUUCCAAGCUGUCAAAUAUGACAUUAUGGAUGUCGGUGCAAAAGAAUUUGACGAUGAUUUCUAUGAAUUUAGAUGCAAAAUCAAAGAACUUGAAAGAAGGCUUGGAAGCAUUUUGACUCAGGGCUUUGACGAUUGUGAUACAAUUUAUGGCAGAUUCAAGCUGCUAGACUCGUUUGAAGGGCUUUUAACAAGGCCUAUUAUUCAAGACGAGCUUGAGAAAAAGCAUAUCACUUUAUUGGAGUCCUAUAAGCAAGACCUGAAGACAGUACAACAAAUUUUCUUAGAGUGCAAGCCUCUAGUCGACAGACUUGACGAAAAAGCACCGAUCUCCAAAAACAUGCCUCCUGUGACCGGAGCUAUUAAUUGGACAAGAGGUCUAAUGGAAAGAAUCAAAGAACCGAUGGAAAAAUUAUCCAACCUAAACCAAACAGUCUUAGAAAGAGAAGAGUACAAGGACGUCCAAAAGCUCUACAAAUCCCUCAUGAAAUCCUUAAGCGAGUACCAAAACAUCAAAAUCCAAGAGUGGGAAGCCAUCGUUGAAAAAUCCUGCAAAGACAAAUUAAAGCAGCCACUCCUCGCUAGAGACGAAAAUUCGAUGCUUAAAGUCAAUUUUGACCCAGCCCUCGUAAAGCUUCUCAGAGAAGUCAAAUAUUUCUUACUUAUAAGCAUGCCAGUACCUCAGAGCGCACAAGAAAUUUUUUCGAGGAAAGAAAUCUACAGAACCCAAACUGGCAACCUAGACAUGAUUGUUGCUAUGUAUAAUGAAAUUAAACAAACCCUACUACCAGUCGAAGAGCCACUGCUAGAAGACAGAAUCAUUAAGAUGGACCAAACUCUGGAGCCAGGAUUUAAUGACCUGAAAUGGAGAUCUCCUAACAUCAAUGACUUCAUUCACGCCUCAAUGAUUGUAGUAAAAGACGUAAACACUACUGUGAAAACAAUGCAACAAAAUCUAGCCCAAAUCAAAAAGAUUAUGGGAAAGUGGGGAGAAAAGCCACUCAUUGAAAGAAAAAGCAAGCCUAUGUCUCCUGAUGACUUUGACCAAGCACACAAAGCAUCAGUUGCGAGCAGACUGCUGGAUAUUACUGCAGGCGGGAGAGAUAUCAAUAAAUUGAUGAAAGAAACUGGGGAGUGCGUGAAAAACGCAAGAAAAUCAAUACAUUGGCUAGUAUAUCAAGAUUAUUGCAAUGGAAUUGUAAUUGAAGGCUUAAGUGCUGUCAUCAACCGCAGCUUAGUGCAGCUUGCAGAAUAUAUUGACCCAGUCAUGAUUAAAAAGCUAGACCUAAUCCCAAUGUUUGACAUCAAAAUCGAGCUUGUUGACGCCAAAGUCGUUUUCACACCUGAAAUCGAAAGCAAAAACGGCAAAGCCAUGGGCCUGCGUGACUACGUCCACUCCUGGGUAUCCGAUUUCCUCAAAAUCACCACAUUGAUAAGCAGAGUCGAUCUGAAUCCUGGUGACUAUCUCGUUGAAAUUCGAAAUCAAAUGGAAGUGCAGUUUUCGCUUUCUAAAAUAGAAAACCACAUGGACUGAAUUGAUAACGAGACUUCCAAAUUUAAGGCCACGUUUUCAGAGUACUCUUAUCUCUGGUCAGAAGAUUUAAAUCAAAACUUCGAAGAGUUCAUGAAGCAAGGAGAGCAGGAGAAAAAGACUGAUAGCAAUAGCAUUGAUGAAGACGAAGAGCAGCAACGCUUAGAAAAAUUAAAAUCUCACCCUAUUUUUGAAGGGGUCACUAUGAGAAUUCCAGAACUUAAGCUGUUUGAUGAAAAAAUAACCCAGCUUAAAAAUAUUCAAGUCAAAAUUUCUUCAGUUGUAAGCCCUCAUGACAUUGCUUGGCUGCGCAUCAACGUAGAGCCACUAAAAGUAGCAUUAACCAACAAAGUCGUAAGAUGGACUAAAGUUUAUACAGAUUUCCUUCUGAAAAAUGCUACAGGACUUAUGAGGAACUUAACCAAAUUUAUUGAAAUGGUUCUGAAAGGGAUUGAACUAAAAGACCCAGAAAAUAUCCCUAAAGACGACCUUAUGAAAAUCAUGAGCCAUGUAAGAGAUGUCAGAACUAUCAAAGACAUCUGUGACAAUAUCUUUGUCCCAAUGAGAGAAAACAUUACUUUACUCAAGAAACAUGGCGUACAGAUGGAAGGAGACUUAAUCACUAAAAUUGAGGACCAAAAAACCAAAUGGGAAGACCUCAAACUGAAAGUAAAUGAAGUCAAAGCUGUCAUUCUUCCACAUCAGACUGAAGAAACCAAGAAAAUCAAAAUCAAUCUUUCAGCUUUUGAUGACCGAGUCAGCAAGUUCAGAGAAGAUUUCUUGAGAGACUGUCCACAGAAAUUCGAAGAUUUAACAGACGAUGUGAUCAAUAAUGCUUAUCAGACUAUUGAUAGACUCUAUAAAGACUUAAUUGUGAUUGAUAAAGAAGCAAGUGGCUACAAUGAACUUAAUGAGCUGUUUGAGCUUGAAAAAAGCAAUUAUAGGCCUCUCAAAGAAUGUAGACAAGAAGUUGGGAUGCUCAAAAUCCUAUGGGAUGCCAUUUCACUUGUCCAGAACCAGUACAAUGACUGGAAAAAUACUCUCUGGGAUAAAAUCGAUACUGAAGACCUAUUAGAACAAAACAAGAACCUUGAAAGAAUCGUCAAAGCUCUUCCAAAAGAAGUCAGAGCUUGGGUAGGAUAUUCCCGCUUACAGGAUACCGUCAAAAACAUGGCCACAAUCCUCCCACUUAUCAAUGAACUUCACAGCCCUUGCAUGGAGCCACGUCACUGGAGGCUUCUCAUGCAGAUAACUGGCAAACAAAUCAAUCACACGGCUCCAACCUUCUGCUUAGACGACUUGCUUCAUCUAAAACUCCACGCUCACGAAGAAGACGUCAGAGAAAUCGUUGCACAAGCUCAGCGUGAAGCCACAAUUGAGAAAAAGCUCAACGCAAUUGAAGCAGCCUGGGCAAACUGUGAACUAGCAUUCGAAACCCAUAAAGAUUGUCCUAUUAUUCUUCCAUUAGACGAAACCAUUGAAAUGCUCGAAACCCAUUCUAUGGAACUUAUGAGCAUGCAGAGCGCAGGCAAAAGUGUCGAGUUCUUUAGAGACAGAGUCAUGCAUUGGCUGUCUACCAUGAAAACUGUUGAAAGCGUGCUCAGCGUUUGGAUCAAAGUCCAGAGAAACUGGAGAAGGCUUGAAACCAUAUUUUUGGCCUCAGAAGAUAUCAGAAGUCAGCUGCCUGACAAGACCAAGCUUUUUGAAGGAAUUGAUAAUGAUUUCAGAGAAAUCAUGGCUGAUGCAAGAGCUAACUGUAAAGUAAUAGAAGCUACCACACUAGAAGGAAGAGAAACUACUUUGAAAACACUGAACGAGCAGAUUGAGUCAUGUGAAAGUGCACUGAACGAAUAUUUAGCUCAGAAGAAAAAGCAGUUCCCAAGGUUCUAUUUCAUAUCAAACCAAGCCUUGCUGGACAUUUUGAGUAAUGGAAACAACCCACACAGAGUCUGCAAGUAUCUUGGAGAUCUAUUCAAUGGGAUGAGAGCUGUUGAAUUCGAACAAGACCCCAGCGGGAGACUUUUGAAUAUUGCUGUAGGAAUGUACUCCAAAGAAGAAAGCGAGUAUGUACCAUUCCCCGAUAAAAUCAACAAUGGAAAAUUCACUUUUGAAGGACCUGUCGAAACUUAUCUUUCAGAAUUAGAAGUCAUGAUGAGAAAAGUGCUAAAAGCUAUUUUAGAACAUGCCAGGACCACCGCUGAGCUCUGGGAUAUUCAAGGCGAAAAAUCAAGAGAAAUCUGGAUCGACGACUACCCUGCACAAAUUGCUCUUGUCGGCACACAAAUUGUAUGGACUGAAGAAACAGCGAGGACCAUUGAAGAAGUCUUCGUAGGCUCUGAAAGCGCAAUGAAGGACUUUUAUAAAGUCUGCUCAGAAAGAAUUUAUAAGCUGAUUGACAGAGUUGUGCAGCCAGGCAUUUCCAAAGACUUAAGAACUAAGAUUAUCACCAUCAUCACUAUUGAUGUCCACGGCAGAGAUGUCAUUGACAAGUUCGCUUUCAACAAAAUUUCUGACACCACUGCUUUUGCAUGGCAGAGUCAGCUUAAAUUCGAAUGGAAAGGUGCUAAUGAAAGUGACCCCAACAAGGACUGUAUGAUCAGCAUUUGUGAUUGGAGAAGUAGAUAUGCUUAUGAAUAUGUAGGAAACUGCGGCAGACUUGUGAUUACACCUUUGACUGAUAGAUGCUAUAUCACUUUGACACAAGCUCUUAACCUCAUCAUGGGUGGUGCACCAGCAGGACCAGCAGGAACAGGCAAAACAGAAACUGUCAAAGAUCUUGGCAAUAAUAAAAUGGCUCAGUGCGGAAUCAGUUCUCUUCGAGAACUAUUCCUUCCCUCGCUUUUAUUAUUAUGGGGUUCAGUUUUCCACGUGGCCUUUUAUCAGCAAUACAAAUAUGGAAUACCGCAUAGGGUAUAGAGGUUUCCUCUAUAUAGCGCUAAAAGCGCAGACAUUUUCCCAGGAGCUUUCCAAGUUCGUCGGACCAAAUCGCUUUUUGGUCCGACCAAGGCAUUGAUUUGGUGCAACCUACCGAUAAAUUCGAUCAGAAUUUAUCGGCCUUACAGCGCCAAACAUAGGAAACUUCUAUAUUUCUUUGGUCCAAGAUACUAAGAACACACUGGGUUUGCUGCUUGACACACCCGAGGAGGGUGACCCUUAGGCGGAACACGCGCAGGAGUCAAGUUCGGGCGAGGCAACGCUGCCGGUGCGGGAUUUCUGGCCCGUUGGGGAUGGCACUUUAUAGAAUGGCUUGGUCGGGCUAGCAGGUCCAAGAUUGCUUGGUGACGUCACCGGUGAGUUAAAAGGAUGGGCUUAAGCAUGCCUAAAUCAUCCUGCUGAAGAAAUCAAAACACCUUAAAUACCUAAGUAACUAAGUAAGUAAGUCAAAGAUCUUGGCAGAGCUUGCGGUCUGCCUGUCAUUGUCUUCAACUGCUCUCCGCAGAUGAACAAAGAAUCUAUGGGCAGAAUUUUCAUGGGUCUAGCACAAACUGGUGCUUGGGGUUGUUUCGAUGAAUUUAAUAGAAUUUCUAUUGAAGUGCUGUCUGUCGUUUCUACACAAGUGAAAACCAUUCUCGAUGCCUUGAGAGCAAAAAAAGAGAGAUUCCAAUUUGAAGAAGAAGAUAACAUUGCUUUAAGAAACACUGUAGGUAUGUUUAUCACUAUGAAUCCUGGGUACGCAGGAAGAACUGAGCUCCCAGAAAACAUUAAAGCACUUUUCAGAUCGUGCGCUAUGGUUGUCCCUGACACUAUUUUGAUUUGUGAAAACAUGCUUAUGUCUGAAGGGUUCAAGAACGCCAGACUGCUCUCUCACAAGUUCGUCACCCUAUAUGAGCUUUCUAGAGAGCUUCUAUCAAAACAAAAGCAUUAUGAUUGGGGGCUAAGAGCUGUGAAGUCUGUGCUAAGAAUGGCAGGUAAGCUGAGAAGAGCUGACCCAGAAAUGGACGAAGACCCUGUGCUUAUGAGAGCUUUGAGAGAUUUCAAUCUUCCUAACUCCCCCCAAUGCAUGAAAUCGUUUUAGUUGUCCAUAUUUUUUACGCUUUAGAAAGUCUAAUAAAAUGCUAUAUAAUUUUUAAAAAAAAAAAUUAUAUAAACAUUUUCACAUGGAUUUUUUUAAAAAUCCACCACCACAAUAGAGACAUUUUUGUAAAAUGUCUCUAUCUUGGGGGGGAGUAAGAUUGUCACUGAUGAUAAAACCAUUUUUGUCAACCUCAUCAAAGAUUUAUUCCCAGGUCUUGAUCCAGAAGCCAAAACCAACCUUGUCUUAAAAGAGCAGCUUGUAAAAGUAAGCAAAAAGGCUAAACUCCAACCAGAAGAAAUUUUCAUUAACAAAUGUAUCCAGCUUUCAGAAAUUAUGGAAGUUAGGCACUCAGUCUUCAUUAUCGGCCCUCCUGGCUGUGGUAAAACAGAAGUCUGGAAAAUGCUUGCUGCCGUAGCAGGAGCAGAAACUGCAUAUGAAACAGUGAAUCCAAAAGCUGUCACUGCUAAUGAACUUUUCGGGUACUUAACCAAGACAAAAGAAUGGAAAGAUGGAGUCCUGUCAGUCAUUAUGAGAGAUAUGUAUAAGAAUGAAAACCACUAUAAGCCUACUCACAAGAACAAGUGGAUUGUGCUAGAUGGUGAUAUUGACCCUGAUUGGAUUGAAAGUCUAAACACUGUCAUGGACGAUAACAAAGUCCUUACUUUGGUUUCCAAUGAAAGAAUUCCUCUGACUGAUGCUAUGAGGCUUAUUUUUGAAAUUUCUCACCUUAAGAAUGCUACCCCUGCCACUGUGUCAAGAGCUGGUGUGCUUUAUAUCAACGAUACUGAUAUCGGUACAAAGCCUUAUAUGGAUUCAUGGCUCGAAACAGUAGAUGACGACAUUGCUAGAAGCCACUUCAUGCUUGCUUAUCAGCAAACUAUUGAAGCUAACUUAGAAGAAAUCCACAGAUACGUCCCUAUCGUUCCUAAUGUCGAUAUCGCUAUUAUUCAAGCUAUGUGCACAAUUCUAUACGUCCUGAUCAAUGCUAAAGACUUCAAAGAUCAUGCGAAAAACCUUAAAGAAGAAGACAAAAAAACUGUCUAUGAGAACUUCUUCAUUUAUGCAGGUAUCUGGGCAAUCGGAGGUCCUAUUGGUGACGACAGAAUCCAAGCACAAUUCAACUCUUGGUGGAAACAUAUAGCCAAGAAAUUCCCAGAAAAUGGCACUGUAUUUGACUAUUACUAUGACCCAACCAAACUAAGUUGGCAGCCUUGGUCAGAAAAAGUGACAGCUUAUGAGCCAAUUGGAGAUCAGACAUUUUCCAAUAUAAUUGUCCCUACAGUCGAUAUCGUCAGAAUGAAAGCAGUCGUUGACCUUAACGUCAUAGGAAGGAGACCAACUAUGUUUGUAGGAGGAAGUGGUACUGGAAAGACAACUGUCGCUAAAGAUUACCUCACAGGACUUAACAUAGAAGAAGUGCAGUACUUCGGAAUUAACUUCAACAACUACACAGAUUCAAUUGCACUUUAUAGAUUCGUCGACUCACAUGUAGAAAAAAGAAUGGGUAGGGAGUAUGGCCCUCCUGCAAAUAAGCAGCUCAUUUUCUUCAUUGAUGAUCUUAACAUGCCUUUCGUUGAUAAAUAUGGCACACAGUCGCCGAUUGCAUUUAUCAUCCAGCUGCUUAAUUAUAACCAAAUGUACGACAGAGACCAUUUAGAAGAACAGAAGAGGCUUAAAGAUGUGCAAUUCAUGGCUUGCAUGAACCCCAAGUCAGGCUCAUUCACAGUUGAUACGAGGCUUCAGAGACAUUUCACGACUUUUGCUACUUAUCUGCCAACCAAUGAAAUUUUAACACAGAUUUAUAAGAGCAUUCUUGGUGGCCAUUUAGCAAACUUUGACAAUUCUAUUUCCAAACUUGGCGACAAAAUUAUCCAAGCCACCAUUGAACUUUUCAAGAAAAUCACUGACAACCCAGAGUUUUCUCCUUCAGCAAAGAAAUUCCAUUAUCAGUUCAACUUAAGAGAUAUCUCAAGAAUUAUUGCAGGGAUCAUGCAAAGUUCUCCAAGUCUUUAUAGAGGCUCGCCAGAUAAGUUUGUUAGGCUUUGGAUCCACGAAUGUGAUAGAACCUUCAUAGACAGACUUAUAACAGAUUCUGAUAACUCCUUAUAUCUUGACUACAUCAACAACAUCUCCAAGAGAUUUGAAGAAGACAUUGGCACCGAAAAUAAGUAAAUAAAUGGUUUAGCUGGCCAUAAACAGGCAAGCCCACUAGCAUUUGCCUCGUCUCUGCUCUAAAGUAGCAGCCUCCAUCGCAUCAGAAGGGAAAUGAAAAGUCGCAAUUUUGGAUUUCCGACCUGAACCACCUGCCCAAGUGAUCAGCUUCCUGCGGCAGAGCCACCACCUGUAGAGUGCUUUGAUGGUCCCUCCAAGGUAAGACUAGGAGGUAGGCGAAGUCUGUCUAGCUUAUCUGGUAUGGAUAGGAGAACUUUUAGGGGAGAAACAAAACUUCCGUCUUUGGCAAGGCAUCCCCAAACCUGAAGGCUACUUCGAAAGGAACAGAGGUCCUCUUUCAGCUCUAUCAGGAUAUUUCCUACCUAUUCCAUAGGGAGUGCGCCUCGGAAACCAAUUUCCUUCAAUGUCACAUUCUAUUUUCUGCACCGAAAUAAGGGUUACUCCAAAUAUCUACACAUCUUUCGUCAGCGGUCAUUCUUCAGACAAAGCUUAUCUCCCUAUCAAAGAUAUGGCUCAACUUAAAAGAGUUCUUGAAGAGAAGCUUAACGAAUACAACGAAAACAACGCCCAAAUGAACCUUGUGCUGUUCGACAUCGCUAUGGAGCAUGUCUGCAGAAUUGCAAGAAUCAUUGACAUGCCAGCAGGAAACGCCUUACUUAUUGGAGUUGGUGGUUCAGGAAAACAGUCCCUUUCAAGACUUGCAAGCUUUAUUCUCGGCUAUGACGUCAUACAGAUUUUGGUAUCUGACAAAUACACGAUGAACGAUUUCAAGACUGAUAUCCAAGAAAUGUACAAGAAAGCUGGAGUCAAAGCAGGUGGGACACCUUGCAUGUUCAUUAUCACUGACACUCAAAUCCAAGACGAAAGGUUCCUCAUUUACAUCAAUGAUAUGCUCAGUUCUGGAUACGUCCAAGAUCUUUUUGAUAGAGAUGAGCUCGAUGCGAUAUUCCAAAGCUUGAAAAAUGAAGCCAAAAGUGCAGGAGUACUCGUAGACUCCCCAGACCAAAUGCUGCAGUACUUUAUUGACAAAGCAAGACGAAAUCUACAUAUUGUACUCUGUUUCUCACCUGUAGGAGACUUAUUCAGAAAAAGAGCUCGUAAGUUCCCUGGGCUCAUCAGUUGUACAUUGGUAGAUUGGUUCCACCCUUGGCCUCGAGAAGCCCUUAUAGAUGUCGGUUUUACUUUCUUAAAAGAAGUAGACGUCAGUAGCGAUGAAAUGAGAAUGAACAUGGCAAACUACAUGGCUGAUGUCCACGUCUCAGUUAACGAUGCAAAUCAAGUGUUCUUACAGCGAGAAAGAAGAAACAACUACACCACUCCAAAAUCUUUCUUAGAACUCAUUGAUUUCUUCAAGAGCUUGCUAAGAAUCAAAAGAUCAGCCCUUGAUAAAUCAAUAGAAAGACUCAGAACUGGUCUUGACAUUCUGUCACAAACACAAGGAAAGGUCGAGAACUUAAAGAAAGAUCUAGACGUCAAAAUGGAAGAAGUCAAAGAAAAACAAGAGGACACUGCAAAACUCAUCACACAAGUCACUGCUGCAAAAGCUGUCGCCGAUAAAGAAAUGGCUGACGCCUCAGGAGAAGAAGAAAUCGCUUUAGCACUCUCCAUGAGAGCUAAUGAACUCAAAGCCCAAGCUGAAAAAGAACUAGAAGAAGCCAAGCCUGCUAUGGAGCGCGCCAAAGCAGCUGUGGACUGUCUUGACAAAACAUCAAUCCAAGAACUUAAAGCCCUCCCGAAGCCUCCUUUGGCAGUUCUUGAUGUCACCAAAGCUGUGUUGUUGCUGCUUAAGUCUGAAAAGAAGAACCUCGGAUGGCCAAACGCCCAGAAAAUGAUGGCGAACCCUCCAAAGUUCAUUGAAGAAAUCGGAGUUUUUGACAAGGAGCAUAUUGAUGAAGGGAUAUUGGACCUUGUCAGGCCAAUCAUCGUCCUACCUCAUUUCACUUUUGAAGAAAUGUCUUCCAAGUCUAAAGCCGCAUCUUACCUUUGUGCGUGGGUCGUCAAUGUGGUAGAGUAUAACAGGAUUUACAAGAAAGUUAAGCCACUUAUGGACACCAAAGAUAAAGCAGAAGCUGAAGUCGCCCAAAAAGAACAAGAAUUAAGCGGGGCCAGAGCUAAAGUGAAAGCUGCAACUGAUACUGUCGAAGGUUUGCAACAGCAGCUUGCUGCAGCUGUAGCUUUAAGUGAGAAAGUCGAAAGAGAAGCAAAUGAGUGCAAAACGAAGCUUGAGCUAGCUAAAAGACUUGUAGGAGGUCUUGGAAGCGAAAAUACCAGGUGGAACGAAAACAUUGCCAAGUUCAAAGAAGAUAUGAUCACUGUGCUGGGAGACGCACUACUUGCCUCUGCUUUCGUCUCAUACAUUGGGCCUUUCUCUGCGUGGCUUAGACUUAACUUGUGGCAAGAAACCUGGCUUCCUAACAUCAACACAAGAGAAAUCAGCUUCACUCAAGGUGUAGACCCAUUGAGAGUACUUUGUACUGAGUCUGAUGAAGCUAAAUGGAAAAACUUUGGCUUGCCUGCAGACAGAAUGUCAAUUGAAAACGCAGCUAUCGUUACCAGCUGCUCUAGGUGGCCACUUAUUAUUGAUCCUCAGCUACAAGGCUCGAAAUGGAUCAGAGGUAUGCAUGGAGAAGAACUGGAAGUCAUUCAGUUCUCACAAGAAAGAUGGGUCACUAAGCUAGAAAGCUGCAUUCAGCUAGGUCGCACAGUCAUGAUUGAGAGCAUUGGCCAAGAAAUUGAUGCGAUCCUUGAGCCUCUCUUGGCAAGAGCUAUCAUUAAAAAGGGUAAAAGCACCUUAUUGAUCAAGCUUGGCGCUGAAGAAAUCGAGUACAACCCAAGCUUCAAGCUGUAUUUACAGACUAAGCUGUCAAAUCCUCACUAUCGUCCUGAAAUUGCAGCCCAAUGCACAAUUAUCAACUUUAUCGUCACUGAAAGCGGCUUAGAAGACCAAUUACUAGCUACUGUCGUGAACCUCGAAAAGCCAGAACUUGAAAAAUCCAAGCAAGAUCUAGUGAAAAGGCAAAACGAAUUCAAAGUCAUUCUAGCAGACUUAGAAGAAUCCUUAUUAACCAACCUUUCUUCAGCUGAUCCAAACACUAUCUUAUCCAACACUGAACUUAUUGUAGGCCUCGAAAAAACUAAAGUUUACUCUGAAGAUAUCAAACAGCAAACAAUACAAGCUCAAAAAACUGAAGUACAAAUCAAUGAAGCCAGAGAUGUCUACAGAAGAGUAGCUGGAGAAGGCGCAAUGCUUUAUUUCUUGAUUAUCUCCUUAUGCGUUGUGGACCAUAUGUACCAAUACUCACUAGAAAGCUUCUUGACUUUCUUGUUGAAAGCUGUAGAUAAGACUCCUCACUUUGAAGAAAUCGAUCAGCGUGUGGUUAGUUUGAGAGAAAAUAUAAGAAGCACAAUUUAUCAGUGGGUAAGUAGAGGACUCUUUGAAAAGCACAAACAGAUCUUUUUAACCCAAAUUACAUUGAGACUUAUGCAAAAAGGAGUAAUUGACACUCCUUAUGACCCUCAGAUGGUCAGCUUCUUGCUUAAAUGCGGAUUAUCAGGAAAACCCCAGGUAGAUUUUUUCAUGCUGCCUUUUACUGUCAAAAAUGAAGGAAGGUUUUUUACUGGUUUUUUAUCCAUGUGAAAAGGCAGAAUGAAAAACCUACCUUUUUUUUCUGAUGGCCCUUUAAAUGCCCAAUUAAAGCUAACGUAGAGAAGCCACAGUCCCUUGACUGGCUCCCAGACAUUGCUUGGUUCUCUGUGCAGAAACUGAUUGAAAUUGAAGAAUUCCAAAAUCUUGCAACGAAUAUGGACAAGGAUGCUCCAACCAGAUUCAAAGAGUGGUUCAAUGACUUGCAGCCUGAAGUAGCCAACUUGCCAUUAGACUGGAAGAGACUCAACAAUACUCCAUUCCAGAAACUCCUUGUAUUAAGAUGUUUAAGACCUGAUCGUCUUACCACUGCAGUCAGCAACUGGAUUAGAGACGCUUUGCCUAAUGGAAACAGCUAUGUAGAUAUUGACCAAGGAUGCAGCUUUAUGGACAUAUUAGAAAACGUCUUAGAAGAUGCCACAAACACUACUCCAAUCUUCUUCAUUUUAAGCCCUGGAACUGAUCCUGUUGCAGAUGUCGAAAAAAUCGGAAAGAAAAGAGGCAUUGAAGAAGGCAAAAAUUACUGGAACGUAGCUAUGGGUGAAGGCACUGAGCUGCUCGCUAUGAAAUGCUUAGAAAUGGGACACAAAGAAGGACACUGGGUUAUCUUGCAGAAUAUUCAUCUGAUGCCUAAGUGGCUGAUGCUGCUUGAAAAGAAGCUUGAUGCAUUCCAAUCAGAAGGUUCAAAUAUUUCAUUCAGACUGUUUCUUUCAGCUGAGCCAUCAGAUGAUAUCCCAAUCGGCAUUCUUGAUAGAUCAAUUAAACUGACUAAUGAGCCUCCACAAGGAAUGAAAGCAAAUCUCAAGAGAGCGUUUGCACAGUUUAAUAAAGAUGAAUUCAAUGAACGUGACCCUAGAGUAAGAUCGAUCAUUUUCGGCCUUUGCUUCUUCCAUGCAACUGUGGUAGAAAGAAGGAAGUUCGGCGCUAAAGGAUGGAAUAUGAGAUAUCCGUUUAACAUGGGAGAUCUUCGUGAUUCUUCACUGGUCUUGCUUAACUAUUUCGAAAACUCACAAGGUGGCACUAACAGUGCUGCUAAAAUAUUUUUUAAAUUCCUAUUUUAGAUUAUAAAUGAUAUAUUUUUAUAUUUUGGAUUAAAUCAAGAGUAAGAUACCAUGGGAAGAUUUAAGAUACAUUUUCGGUGAAAUUAUGUAUGGAGGCCACAUUGUUGAUGAAUGGGAUAGGAAACUCUGCAGAGCUUACUUAGCCAAUCUUAUGGAUAAUGCUCUUCUAGAUGAAACUGAGCUUUUCCCAUUCUCAGACGGAAAAACAGCAUCGUUCAAAUCUCCUCCUCCAACAGAUUACGCUAAAUACAUUGAAUACAUCGAUGAAAAAUUCCCAGCAGAAACUCCAAUUGCAUUCGGCAUGCAUCCAAACGCAGAAAUUGGCUUCAGAACUGCCCAAGGCAAUUUCUUAUUCUCCACCCUCCUUGAAUUGGCUCCAAAAGAUGAAGCAUCAGGUGAAGAUUCCUCAGCACGAACUAAAAACGAAAUUGCCCAUGAAGUUGUCGACCAUAUCUUAACAGAUAUGAACCUUGAAAAUAUGAAAUUCGACCUAGAUGAUAUCAAAAGCAAGGUUGCUGAAGGCGAUGAAAGAAUUUGCUUCACCAAUGUCUUUUUACAAGAAUGCGAAUACAUGAACUACCUGCUAUUUGAAAUGCUUACUCCUAUCUCUCAAUGCUAGAGAAAAAAAUUCGAAAAUUACCUAUUUUUCGGAAAUUCACCCUUUAUAAAAAUUUUUUUAAAUUCCAGAGUAAAUUUUUUGUUUGAUCUCAAAGAGGGGAAGCUAGAAGCCUACAAGAAAUUGAAUUAGCACUCAAAGGUGAGCUCACGCCUACAGAAAAGAUGGAACAAACAAUAGAUAGCUUAGUCUUGGGAAGAGUCCCACAAACAUGGGUUGAUCUAGCCUACCCAUCCUGCAGAGGAUUACCUUCUUGGCUUAUAAACUUGCAAGCUCGUGUUGAGCAGCUAUCCAGUUGGAAAGAUGACCCUAAUAGCGUUCCUAAAGUCACUAAUGUUGCAAGGCUGUUCAAUCCUCAAUCAUUUUUAACAGCCGUCAAACAAUUCCAUGCAAGAAAAACCCAAUCUGAGCUUAACAAGCUAUACAUCCAAACUGAUAUUACAAAGAGAUUUGAGCACGAAAUCGAAGACCCUCCAAGAGAUGGCGCGUUCGUCACUGGACUUAACCUUGAUGGUGCUAGAUGGGACUUAACAAAUGGACAAAUAGAAGAAUCCAAGCCUAAAGAAAUGUUCUGCCCGUUACCAGUCGUCAACUGUAAAGCUGCAAUUACAAUAAUAAAAUCGCUAUGCUCGGAAGUAUUUGUCUUCAACAACCCUUCCUUCUCCGCGAUAUUUAUUAUUAUAGAUUUCAAUUUUCCAUGUGGACCUUUAUCCACACUGCCAAGAUGGAAUUACUGUAUAAGUAAUUAGUUAACCCAAGGAAAAAAGGAGAUAUAUGAUUUUCAUUACCUGACACACACACGAGGGGGGUGACCCUUGCAGAAUACGCAGUGGAGUUAGGUUUGGGAGAAGCCAAACUAGGCCCUUUAAGAAUCUAUGGCCCCUUUUUGGUGCUUCUUCUGCUAUGCUUAGAAGACAAAUGGAUCCUGAAUUUACCAAUUUAAGGAUUUAAAAGGACGGGCUUAUGCAUGCCUAAAUCAUCCUGCUGAGGGAAGAACACAUGUUAAAAAUCUAAAUUAUCAGCAGUAGUAAAGCUGCAAUUGUAGGAGAUGGAAGAGAAGAUAGAAACACUUUCUACUGUCCUGUGUAUAAGACUGAAAACAGAGGAAACACCUAUGUCUUUACUGCACAGCUUAGAACUCCUAAAUUCCCUGCUGCUAAAUGGGUGCUAGCUGGUGUCGCUAUGAUUAUGGAUGUUGAAGGUCUCGGCGAUCCUGUCAAGAAGUAA